AAAACACUUUUCUGGGUUAAAAAGUCUUUAAAAAAUUAGACACUUUUUGCUGAUUUUUAGUUUUUCCCAAUAAGUAAUAAUUUUAAUAUCUGAUUAUUAAAAUAUUGAUAUUGUACUGUAAAAUGAAAACUAUUUUUCAUUGGAAAAAAACUCUACAAUUCAAAAUUUCCAGAAUUGUUUCAUUUGAAACACACCACCCACUGCCUCACUGUGCUCACAUCCACUGUUUGGUCCCCAGAAAUGUUCAGCAAGCAUUGAUGAAUAUCAAUGCGUGUCAUUUUUUCCACAUGGAGUAAUUCAGUAACACACCUUUGCUUCAUAUGCACUUCCACAUCAGAUGCCAUUCUGUCAGAAUGCCCCUCUGCUGCCAUCCAUCACGUGGCAACAACAUGUAAUGGAAUGUUGGUGGGAAGGUUCACCUUGCAAUGAAGUGAGAAGUACUGCUGUACCACCAACAUCUGCCUCCAAUUCUAUGGGCCAACAUCGUAACAUAGAAGACACUACUUUCAGAGCAGCACCUCUUAGUAUAAACUGAGAGCACUGCAACAGAAUUGUUAAGAUCUUGCAAGUGCUUCCUAUACCAAAUAACCCACUGGUGAAAUGAUAUCAACAAGAUGAAAAUUUGGGAAUGCUUUGUUACAUGUAGCAUCUUAGGCAUGACAUGUAGCUCUAUGUAGAAUUUGUCUUUUCAAAGUUCAUUUUUAAUAACCACAACAAUUGUACUUCUAUUUUUAGAUGAUUUCAUGUAAAGCACUUUUACUGUUAUUUAAAUCAAUAUCAAGUGAUCUUAUAAUAUUUUUUCUGUUUUGUUUGUAAUGUUUGCUCACCAACAACGCAACCUUUAUCUGAAGAUGAAAAUGUUCCAUGUCUUCACCUAUGUGAGUGUAAAGUAGUAAAUCAAAAUUACUGGCUUAAAUCUGGAGUGAGAACAAAAUGAGAAGUAGGAACUUGCUAGAUUACAAUGUCGUGCCUGAAGAAAUGCACUCAGUUUCUGCUAUUCAUAUCGAACGUUGUUCCAAAUAAUUUCCUUGAUUCUAUCAUAAGGAGCAAGGCAAAUUCAAAGCAAUUCAGUAUUUCCAUGUACAAGUUGUUCAGGCUGUAGUGCAUAAGAUGAAGAAGAAAUUAGUCCCUGGAUCUCUGCAUCCAGCUUGUCAUCUAGUUCUGUUCAGAGAAGUUUCUUCCAGAAAAACCAGUCCUGAAAUUCAUCCUUCAUCAGAAGUGUGAGGACGACAGGAUCAGCCAAGGUAUCUUUAAGCCCUUGAAUUACCUAUUGUAGAAACAGCUUAUUUGUGUCUGUGUAAAUUAUUCUCCUACUUAUCACAAUGGCAUUUUUUCUAGCCUUUGAAACAAAGUGAGCUCUUUUAGCCCCAUUUAUAUCUAUUAUCUGUUCACAUUUAGGAAUUUUUAGGGACUGCUACAUGUAAUUAAUACACGUAAGGUGAUUCAUGACCUUGAUUGUAGGCCAGGGUGUCAUUUUGGUCCGUUUCAAGUGGCUCAGAUUUUUUCUGGAGAAAAUCUACUGGAUCAGUCACAUAUUUCGUCAGUGUUGAGGGAGGAGAAUAUCAUAACUAAGGGAAUAAUCAAGGAGGUCAUGUUCAGAUCUGGAUUCAAAAUACAUUUUGUGAGAAUUCAUUCCUUAGAUUUGAAACUAAAUGCGCUCUGGUUUUGAUGUUGGCAGGGAGCACAGAAACAAUACUCAAAGGGCCUUUGAGUAACAGUCAGCUUCCAAGUUUAACUACUCUUAAGAGUAGUUCUUUCUUUCAGGAUUUUUUAUUUCUAAAGUUUGUGAACUCGGGUUUUAUUUAUUUAUUUUUUUAAUCAGAAGAACGUUAAAAGAACAGUAGGAGAAGAUAGAUCAGACGCUAAGCUUUGUCAUCCCAUCAUCAAAAGGGACAUUCUAGCACUGUUAUUUUGGCAUUUUGUAUACAAUGGUUUUUAGCCAGUAGCCACACUUCAUUUCCAGUGUUGUAACACAUGCUGAACUUACUCUUCUAGAUUUGGAAUUCGCUCUGAAAUCAUGAAUCAUGAAUCUUCUUCAUUUAUAUCAAUUUAUAUUUUUGAUUUUCCUUUUAUGUGUGUCAAGACAUAAGAUCUGAUCUACCAGUAUAAAAACCUAACACAAGGGCAAAAGAGCCCUUUCCAAACAGAAUAUUGAUGAUUUCUAAAAUUUAAAUCUGAAGAUAGAGAUUUUUUUUUUUAGCUUUUAUGGGGGAGCAAAUACGGCAGCAUCAGCAACUUGCAGACUGUUCCUUCCACAUUUACAGAACACACUAUUCUGUUCACCUGUAUGGAAGUGUGGAAGUCUGUGACAAUACUUUCUUAAAUAUGUGCUCCAUGAUUCUGCCUCUAUACUUAUCUGCAAGGUCACUCACCUAUGAAAUGUUCAUCCCUAACUGCAUUUCUAUUCUUCAGUUUCUUGUGCACACAUAACUGAUUUUUGAGGGUUUUUUUUUUUGCCUCUGCAGAAACACAGCUUUCUACAUCAUCCCCAGGACACAUCACGUAUUCCAUGUGUCUCUCAAAGUACUCUCCAGCUUUUUAUUUCCCAUUUAUUGAUUUUGUUCUUUUUUCUUUAAAAUGCUUUUCAAAUAAUAGUCAUAGUAAAGAUGAUGACACCUCUGAAAUGCAUUUAGAAAUCAUUUCACUCAGCCAACCAAAUAGGAUACAUUGCUAAUGCUACAAUACUUUAAGUAGGAAUACCUGAAGUAUAGAAGUAAGCACAACCUGAAAAGAUUAGUGUCUCAAUUUUCAAAGCCUUCAGAAAAAUAGGAUCCUAAAUUGAAUUCUAAGUUGACACUUUUCCUAAAGUCACAAUAGUUCCAAAUUCUAAGUGUGGCAGCUAGAAUCCCUUGUUGAACUUAACUGAACAGAAAGAACAAAAGGGUACGCAGAAAAAAAUCAGGUCUUCCACCAGUAAUAAGUAGAUUGGACAUAUCAGUUGCUUUGAAGCAGUUUGGUUCAUAUUGUUAUUCCAUAUCAAUGCCACUGUAGCUUCUAUUUACGUUUCAUUCCAGCUAAAAAAGCAAUGCAGAGAACCAAGGCUUUGAGUCCUUGCGUAUUGUACAUCUAUUCUGACUUCUUUCUGUUCUCUAGUCACAGCAACAGAGUGGUCCUGAACAAAUUCAAAGAUCUUUUGGGAGUUGUCCACCAUACCUUUCACUUUCCAGAGUGACAAGAGGCCUUCUGUUGCCAAUCAGUCUUUCUCCUCUGUGUGGGAGAAACUGAGUUCAAAUGGAUUGUGCAGGAGAUUUCGCAGGUAUAGAUGUAAACAUUCUUUUCAGUCGUUUUCUCAAGGCACUAUUUCUUGUUUGAAGGUAGGUAGAAAAAAAUCCUGAAUACAAAGGAAGGAUAUCUGUACACAGAACGUUUUAAUGGGAAGGGAGUUUUACAGAAUUGUUGUCCAAGCCACACGGCUUUCUCACUGCGCUUAUAUGUGUUUUCUUUCAGAAGCAGUCUGGCAUGCACAACUCUACCUGUAAGGGUCUUCCUACAGAAAAAUAUGCUAUGCCAGCUAAUUUUCAGAGCAUGACAAUCAUUAAGGCUCCCAUGAGUGAGUCUCCUGUACUUUUUUAGCUAAAAAUUAACCUGAGCCCCUUCCACCCUUACGCAUGUGGAUAAAAAAGGGAAAUACAGAGACUGAAAGCAGCAGGCGUGAGUGGUUCCUUCCCUAAUUCUACAGACUAAGGGAUGUUCAAGGGUGGAAAAGUGACAAAGAGUUCCAGACUAUCAGGCAAGGGAGUGAGGGGGCUUAUCUGUUUAGGGCAGAAAAGAAAGAGAAACUCUGUUUUGUUAGCAGGCUGAAUUCAGGAUGCUUACAAGCUUCAUCACCCUGCUUUCACUGGUACCAGCAAUGUUUGUGUGGUACAGACAGCAGCUAUUGAAUUUUUCAUUUAUUCAGCUUCAUAGUCUUCUUAGUUCUGGUAAUUCUGUUGUAACUAUAGAGUUUACAGUGUUUUCUUGUACAGAAAUCUAGUGUUUAGAGUAACGCUUUACUUGUUAAUACUUUCAGAGUCUCUUCAUGGCUCUGCAUUCAAAUCACCCCAGGUAAGUCAUUAAGCCAGUUUUAUUUCAGCUUCCCAGCCUAGAAGACAAUAUCUAUCGUAGAGGGCAUGUGUUCAGAUUCAUUUGUUUGAUUGAGAUCUUUGGAUAAAAAUUGUUUUCAUAAGAGGAAGACAUUACGAUUCACAUACUUAUUAAGUCAUAAAUAUUCUCUCUUUAUUCUAGAUAGAGAAAAGAUGUGAAAGGAUAAAAUUUCCCCGUUAGUCUCAUUUUGUAUGGCUAUGUUACCCAUAUUUUCUGUUAAAAAAAUCUCCAGCACAGUAGCUGGGAACACUGGUGAAUGAUUUCUGGGUGCCGAGGGUAGUACACAUCUUGGGAGAGUAGCCUAGUAAGUACUGAGCAGGGACUGGCAGCAGCAGCAUGCCCUUCCUCACAGCACCCAACUGGCAGAUCAGCUGGACUCCACUGCUGGUGCUAGGGUAUCUCUUUUACCUCCUGCUGGGUGCUAUGGUGUUCCAGCUGCUAGAGAAGCAGGCAGAAACCCACUCACGGGACCAGUUCCAGCUGGAGAAGCUCAAGUUCCUGCAGAACUACACAUGCUUGGACAGGCAAGCCCUGGAGCAGUUCAUACAGGUCCUCAUGGAAGCAUGGGAAAAAGGGGUCAACCCAGACCAAAACUCUACGAAUCCCAGUAACUGGGACUUCAGCAAUUCCUUCUUUUUUGCAGGAACUGUUGUCACCACUAUAGGCUAUGGUAACCGGUCCCCCAGCACAGUGGCAGGACAGGUCUUCUGCGUGUUUUAUGCCUUAUUUGGAGUGCCACUCAACUUGGCCUUCCUUAACCAGUUGGGGAAAGGCCUCAACGCUCAUCUAAUUACUCUGGAAAGAUGGGUGCAAAAGCCAGGCCAUGACCAGGUGGUUCAGAGAUUGGCAGUGGCCGUCUUCCUGACUGCAGGCACCUUGCUUUUUCUAGUGUUCCCACCACUGGUUUUCAGUUAUGUAGAAGGCUGGAGCUAUGGAGAAGGUUUUUACUUCACCUUCAUCACUCUGAGCACCAUUGGCUUUGGGGACUACGUAGUAGGUGCAAACCCCAGCAAGCGCUAUAUCCCACUCUACAGGAGCUUAACUGCAAUUUGGAUUGUUUUUGGCUUGGCCUGGCUGGCCUUGGUCUUCAACGUGGGAGCUGACUUGAUGGAAAAAUUCCUUCAGCUCAAGUGGCACAAGCCUGACUUAAGCUUGGCAGAAGGAGCCCCAGCCAAACUGGAAGAUGAACCUGAGCAGCCUAGGAUCCACAUACCUGCCUGAGCAAGGUACACAGAGCAGUCUUGAGGAAGCACCUUUCAUCUGCAUCUCACACUAAGCAAGCUCUGUGGAUGAAGGAUAAAAAUACAUGUUGCAGACAGUUUCUGGAGGAAGAAAUCUUUACACAUGCUGUCAAGGCAUCAGCCAAUUAAGACGUCCAGAGAAGUAUCAUGCAUCGUAAAACAGCUGUCCCAGAUUCAUUUUGUACUUCUCACUCAACAAAAGCAACUUCCCUCGCAGUAAUCAAUUAUUAUCCUUUCCCUUUUUCUACUGGAAUCCUGUUCUUAUGGUCAUUCGUAUUCAAAAAAUCGAAGGUGAGUGCCUCCCAACUCCAAUGAGAAGUGCUGUCACUAAGAAUCACCAGUGGAUAAAGUCAGGUACAGAAGUUAACUUUCAUUUCCAAUUAGAAAACAAAGAAAACCCCAGAGAUAACAAUGGCAAUGUCUACCUGUUUAAUGGCAUCCAUUCAAUUAAGAUUUGUUUGAUAUCAUCUAAAACUAGAGGCUUUCAUAUAAAAUGAUAACAUUUCUUUCAUUCCUGAGCUAACAUGCUUCUCUCUUAAACUGUGCAGAAAUGUUGUGUCUAUCCAGCACUGGCUGAACUCUUACACUUCCAUUUAGAGCUAGAUGACAGGUCAGAGCAGGUCCUUAUCACAGUUCAUUUCGUAGCCACCUGAAAACAACAUGUUAAACUAAAUCUCAGUGCAAGCAGAAUUCCUUAUUUCCAGUCAAAUCACAAUUAUUACAGUCUGACAUUUGCUUGGGCUAGUUCACUGAAGAACUAUCAUACACUGUAUAGGAGUGAUGCUGUCCAUUGACCUCUACAGAAGGCUGAUAGGCUCUUGUGUUAAAUCUAAUCCUCAGUCGUGCACAUGGCAUUGGCUGUGGAACAGAGAGAUUGAUUUUAUCAGUUAUCGUAAGUCAAAAGUAACAGCAGCCAUCUCCAAAGAGACAGAAAAGCCACAGAAUUUUGCCCAAGCACCUCAUAGCAGGCUUGCCACUGGAAUAUGAAAGCGUAGUCAUGCUUCAUAUUAAGUAAGCUUUGGAAACUUGAUUAAACAAUUAUGUAUUCACUCACAGCAUCAUACCAGAUUGUUUGUAAUGAUCACUAAUACCUUCUGGAUAUGCUUGUAAUAAUGUACAUGCUGCUAUUUGUUCAGUAUGUCUUAUUAACCACCAACUAAUCCACUUAAAACUCAUUUAUAAGUGGAACUUUCAUGUAAAGUGUGACUGAAAUAUGACUGGGCAUGCAGACUAGCCCCAAGGUAGCCUUUGGCUGGCAGGCUACAGUAAUAUCAGAUGUCAGCAUUUCACCGGCUACUUUGAUAUUUCAUUUUAGGAAAGUGUCCAUAAAACAUGUAGAUUCUUGUGUGUAGGUUACAAAUCUCUUCUCACAUACUUGCUGUCCUAGACUUUCACUUCUGAGGAGAGUCCAGCAGACUCUUGCAUCUUGUUUGCUUGCUUUCUGCGGUGCUAAUUGCUGAGUCCUGCGCAGUGAAGCCUGGCUGUCAAAUCUGAAAUGCCAGCAUGUAAGAAUGCCAGCUAUAGCUUAUUCAAUUCAUUUGAAAACUGAGCUCUUAAAUGCUUAUCCAUCUGAGAUUUCCCUCAUGUCUUACCACUACUUACUUCACAGAUUUUAUCUCAGUCUCUGCGUUGAUCUUUCUCAGCAGUUCCCAUAAAUUUGCGCAACAGUUUUCUUUGUAGCCUGGUAGCAGACAGCUCUGUCCUGUCUGGCUUUUUGUAUCAUCACAAAUCUCCUGAGAAACAUACUCUCUCAGUAUUCUCUCUUCUCAGACAUAAUGUUUGUAUAGGCACUCGAUAGCGUCAUCACCAUCGCUAUACCCUAUACCUCUCUUGUGUCAUAAGACACUUCUGGCCCAUUUGUGUGAAAGACAAAGCUAAAUUUUGCUGACCUUCAUAUCUGGUCAGUUUCUUUUACCUUUCCUUUUUCCAUGCCAUCUUGCUUUAUCUAAUCUCAGCCAGCCAUAAAACGCGGUAGUCUAAAGGUGAUGAUAUAAACACUUUUAUAACAUGUUGCAUGUCAUAAAAAGUGAUAACAAGGUUUAUCAGGGAAACAAAGCAUGCGUGGACUACUUACUGGCAAAGUGUUUGUUAAAGUGUUCCUUGCUUGACAUCUGACAGCAGAGAGUUUGAGCUCAUUUUGCCUCAGUCCACAGAAUUGCUCCUAUACUUUGUACUGGUUUUGCAAAGUAGCAGCAUGGUGAGACUCUCUUCUGAAAUUUUUGCUUCUAUUGCUUUUAGCGAGGCUGAGAGCAGCUACAGCAGUUCACAAGCUGCCUGCCAGAAGACUCAAUAAAUAAAAUAAAACCAAAAACCCACCAAAAAAAAAAUAAAAUAAAAUAUGGCUGCAGUGGGGAAAAAAAAGAGAAGAUACUGUGUUACACAAGUGACAGAAAUUUCCUGUACGCUGUCAAUUUUUCAGGGUCCUGAGAAGAUCCUAAAGGUCAUGCACAUCCAUAAUCAUGCUUCUUUGAGAUACACACUGGCAGCUUUAGCACAGUUUUUGUGCAUGGAUGGAUCAAGUGCUUCUUAGUACCCUUCCUCAAACAGAAAGGUGGUCUACAGGUGUCAUCUGAACAGCUGAGAGAAAUAAUCUGUGGAAGAACUGUGCAGCCAUGAGGGUUUACCAAAAGCCAGAGGAAUGCACAACAAGACUCUUGCUCCUUUAAUAACCCUCUUUACCAGUGGUGCAACCCUGCACAGAAUGGAGCUUGCACAACCAGCUAUAAGAUGCUCAGCUCAACUGCAUGGACACCAGCACUUCUGAAGCCUGUUAGCUCAGCCCUGAAGCUUGUAGCAGAAGCAGUGCACACACUCAUUGAUGAAGUGGAGGAGUAGCACAUUGUACUCGGCAGCUAUCACAAACAGAGCAGGGCAAGAACCAAAACUUCUUCCAGGCUUACACUUAUCCUUUAAUACUACACAGCAAGCCCUUCCUCAUUCACCAAUGCACAGGAACCUUCCAGACAACACCAAGUCAUCAUCUGCAGAUAUUUGAGCCAGUCUCUAUGUAAAAUAGAAAGCUGACACAUGUGUAUCCCCUCCAGAUGUAUGUAGGUCAUUCCAAAGUAAUGCCUCCUAUUUUUUUCCAUGGAAAGUAUUUGAUAGAGCAAAUUCUUGGUUACAAAACACUGUUUUUCAACAUAGUCACCACCGUUAGCUAUGCAUUUUCACCAGCAAUGAACAAGAACCAGCAUGCUGCAUUCAGAAACAUCCACACCAGUGGAGGUGACCACUGCUGAAAUCCACCACCCAUUGUCUCACUGUGCUCACAUCCUCUGUUUGGUCUCCAGAAACGUUCAUCAAGCAUCAGCAGAUGCCGGUGGGUGCCAUUUUUUCCACACUGAGGGAUUCAGUGACACACCUUUGCUUCAUAUGCACUUCCACGUCAGAGGCCAAUCUGUCAGACUGCCCCACUCCUGCCAUCUGUCACACAGCAACAAAAUGU